GGUCGGCGCCGCGGGUCGCCCUGCCUCACCCUCCACCCGCGCUGCGGCCCUGCUCCCCGGCCAUGCAGGCGCUGCGGGCCGGGCUGAUCCUGGCGCUGGGCGCGGGGCUGGGCGCGGCCGCCGAGAGCUGGCGGCGGCGGCGGCGGGCGGACGCGCGGGCGGCACCGGGGCUGCUGGGCCGGCUGCCCGUGCUCCCCGUGGCGGCGGCGGCCGACCUGCCCGCCCUGCCCGGGGGCCCGGCGGGCGGCGGCCCCGGCGAGCUGGCCAAGUACGGGCUGCCCGGGGUGGCGCAGCUCAAGAGCCGCGAGUCGUACGUGCUGUGCUACGACCCGCGCACCCGCGGCGCGCUCUGGGUGGUCGAGCAGCUGCGGCCCGAGCGGCUCCGCGGCGACGGCGACCGCCGCUCGUGCGACUUCCGCGAGGACGACUCGGUGCACGCGUACCACCGCGCCACCAACGCCGACUACCGCGGCAGCGGCUUCGACCGCGGCCACCUCGCCGCCGCCGCCAACCACUGCUGGAGCCAGAAGGCCAUGGACGACACCUUCUACCUGAGCAAUGUCGCGCCACAGGUGCCCCACCUCAACCAGAACGCCUGGAACAACCUGGAGAAGUACAGCCGAAGCCUGACCCGUGCCUACCAAAACGUCUAUGUCUGUACGGGGCCGCUCUUCCUGCCCAGGAUGGAAGCUGAUGGGAAGUCCUAUGUGAAGUACCAGGUAAUCGGCAAGAACCAUGUGGCAGUGCCCACCCAUUUCUUCAAGGUGCUGAUCCUGGAGGCGGUGGGCGGGCAAAUCGAACUCCGCUCCUAUGUGAUGCCCAACGCCCCUGUGGACGAGGCCAUCCCGCUGGAGCGCUUCCUGGUGCCCAUCGAGAGCAUUGAGCGGGCCUCAGGGCUGCUCUUUGUGCCAAAUAUCCUGGCGCGAGCAGGCAGCCUGAAGGCCAUCACUGCAGGCAGCGAGUGAGGGCGGCAGCCCAGCCAGACUGGGGGAUGGCUUGUAUUAAAGGUGGUUAUUUUUGGA